AUGAAAGCACGUAACUUUGAAGAUUUAGAAAAGAUAAGAAAAUCAACGAGAGCUUGCAUACUCUUCCAUAAGAGGUAUGCCAAGUAUUACAUGGUAGAUUACGAGUUGGAGAAUGCCAUUGGUAACCCUCAAAAGAUACAAAGCAUUGUUGACAGUGUACCUAUCGUAGCUCAAGACAUUUCGAGUGGGGAUUUUAUGUUGCAAUAUGCAGCAGUUCAUAAGAUGGAGUUCAUCAUUGUGCAACUAAAGGAUCAUGCUGCAACACAAGCCUUAGUUCAGCGUGGCAUAGUCCCUCAUUUGCUACGGUUUCUUGAAACUUGUCCAGGCUUUGUUCAAGCACUGGGAGCUAUGGCCUGUGCCCAGGACCUCCCACCACAGUACAGGGAUGCGCUUCUUAACCAUGGCGCUGCCACAGAGUUAGCAGUCUUGCUUGAACCACUAGUAGAACUACCUAUGUUUACUGUAGCCCAAGGCUCUGAAGAAGCAACAUUGUUGUACAGAGGAGUUAAAACUUUGCCAAGUUUAUGCUCAGGAGAUCCAUUACCGGCAUUUCAUCUGGUGGAAAUUCUGAUUCCAAGUCUUCGAAGAAUACUAAUAGUUCACAUUCCAAUUGGAAUAUAUUCUAAGAUUAUUACAGAUGCUUGCGUGACCCUGUAUUACAUUUUGGAAAAUCUGACAACUGACCGACUUCAGGAAUAUGUGAAUGCAGAGUUAUGUCUGAGUCUAAUAUUGCUCAUGCAAGGAACAAACGAAGAACUUGAUGAGGCUGUUCAUCUAAUAUUGCGGAAUCUGAUAUACAGUCAAGUUCUUGUUCAGGUACUUCUUGACGAAGAUGUAAUCCAUCGGCUUCUUCAAAUAAUACAAGAUGGAUUUGGAGAUGUCGAAGUAAAAGAGUUGGCUGUCUCCAUUCUUGCACAAGCAGUUAGGCAUGGAACUGUUGAAGAUAUUAACUUGUUGGUGAAUCUAGGUUGCAUCCAACCUCUCUGUGAGUACCUUAACAACAUUGUGACACGGGCAUACUGCAUUAUAGGACUGAGGAAGAUCAUACAGAAGGGCAAUGAGCAGAGAGUAGGUAAUGCAAAUAUUUAUGCUGUGAUAAUCGGUCAAGUUGGAGGCGAUACAAUCAGGUCCCUGCAGAAUGAUGGACAACUUGGUUCGAUAGCUCGAUGGAUAAUGAUGUAUAUUUGA